AUGGCCAAACCGGGCGAGCGUGCCCUACAGGCUAUCAAGGAGCAGAGUAAGGCGGUAGCAGUAUUCAAAACACCAAACGUUCCCAAGGCUAAAGCGAAAGAUAAAAUUAUCCUAACCGAGGAAGAAUAUCUACAGGAAAUGGGUAAAAUCAUACAGCGCGAUUUCUUUCCGGAUUUGAAGAAGCUAAAGGCACAGAACGAAUAUUUGGAUGCCUUAGCGAACAAUGACGUUUUCAAAAUGAGACAGAUCUUCUCAAAGUACAGCUCCAAAAGGCCCAAUUCCUCACGAAUCGCCAGUCCCGCUACAUUCGAAACUCCAUUACCGGAUACAACGCCCGCGAGCGAAGUUCCACCAUCGAUCCGAUCGACUUCCAGCGUUGGUUCGAACAAAUCGACCAAAACACUCGGUGAUAAGCACUCACUGGACAGCUUUCUGCAGUCGUACACAAGUGAGGACAAUGACAGCUUUCAGGAGAUUAUCGAAACGGCGGAUCGGAAGCUGCGCCAACGGUUUGCUGUGCUCUACCAAGCGGAGGGUACAUCCGCCAUCGAGAUGGGCCAGUGCUUAGCGCUGCCCAGUAUCGAACAGCAGUUCAAUCAGCAAGAGCGCCCCAAACAACUGGACAUGUGGCGAUACACGAACAAAAAUUAUAUCAUGUACACCCCGGACGGGGUCGAGUUGACGAAGGAAGAGCAGCUAGAGAUGGCUAAACGGAAACAGGAAAUUAAUCACAGCAGCACCCGACUGCAUUACAAUCCCUUCAACGAGCAGAACAGCCGGCAAGCGAUUGUGGAAGCGGCAAAAACGCAGGCUAAACAUUUGCCGGAGAAAAUCGGAGUCGAUGGCCGGGUGGUGGAUCAAUCCGCCGGCGACACGCCACAGGUGCGUGGUUUCGGCUUCGUGAAAAGUCCCUCACCCUGUCCAGGCGUAACGGAUAGUCCACUGUUCACGUGGGGUGAAAUCGAAGGCACUCCGUUCCGGUUGGAUGGUGGGGACACACCGUUACACCCGUCGGCCGGAGGACCAUCGUUCCGUAUAGUGGAAACAUCGAAGCGUGAAAACUUAGCCCUGCAGUUGGCAGAAAAGGCUGCGGAAAAAUCACGCGAAAAGAAAGCGAAAGCAAUCGAAGCGGCCCGGCGUAACAUUGCCUCACCAUCGGUACGCAGUUCGUUCGAUCGGCUUGCCAGCAUGUCACCGGCUGCCAGACGGUUGGCUACUAACAAGCUCGGGUUUCUAGGCACACCUAACCCGCUCGCCUCCCCGGUCGGUUCGAGUGGUCUAAGAACGCCAGUAAUGAGGCUAGGAAGUGGUCGAAGUAGUAGUGGUAGCAACAAUAAGCACCGACAUGUCACACCUUCCCCGAGAGCAAUCGUGAGAAGGAAGACACCGCUCGUUGGAGCGAAUGUGGCUUCGAAGGGUGCCAGUGCGGAUUUGACGGAUGAUCUGCUAGAUAUUCCCACCGGUGGCAAACGCCCGAAGGCGGCAGAUUUCUUUUAA